UCUGCACAGUAUUCUGCUUCCUCGCACAGACAAAGUAGACCAUGAUGGCAAAACAUAAUCCCGGACGUCUUGCUGCGAUCGUGGCAUUUCUUGCUGGUUUUGCAAUAAGUCUGGUGUUCAACGGGCUGUCUGUAGUUGGACUUGGUCCUUAUAGUACCACUACGGCCAAUGUGUCUGCUGUGUUUGACACCCAGAUCACACCUUCAGGAUGGACUUUUAACAUCUGGAGUGUCAUCUACGUCUGGCUGACAGCAAUGGUCAUCUACAUUGUCUCAGGACUUUGCAGGAAGAACGGCUAUGGCUACGUGUACUGCAGCCCUGCGGUGUUGCCUUACGGAUUCUUUAUUAGCUGGUGCAUCAAUCUGUGCUUCAAUAUCGGCUGGCUGCUUGUUUGGGACAAAGGAAUUAUGAUUGCAGCACUGAUUUUUCUCAUCCUGGUCAUCUGCACAAAUUACUCCAUGCUAUUCUUCAUCUGCCAUGGACUCCAUAUUUAUGGACCCUGGCUCAAGAAAUACCACAACGCUGAUCUGUGGCUCAUCCGUGUGCUGGUUCAGAACGGUGUGAUGAUCUACACAACGUGGACAACCAUCGCAACACUAAUCAACGUGGCUAUUGUACUGACUUAUGAAGUAAAUAUGUCCCCACUGGAUGCUGCCACCGUCUCGUACUCUGUUUUGUCUGUUGUUCUGCUUGUGUGGUUUGUUUUGGAAAACUUUGUCCUUGACAAACACGUGAGGUACGUCCUCAUCGUCUACCCCGUUGUGAUCUGGGCGCUGUCCGGAAACCUGGACAAAAACUAUAAUGCUGAAUCGCCCAGCCGCAAUGGCAUCUUCAUUGUUGUGCUUCUGGCCCUGGCCUGUGUGCUGUUUGCCAUCCGGAUUGUUUUGGUGGUGUGGAGACACAUCAAGCAGCCGCUGUACGCAGACAUCAGUCCAGAUGCCAUGGAACCAAAGGAGAUUGCCAAGAAGCAGAAAAAGAUAUUUAGCUGAACAUUUUUAAGAUGUCACACCGUGACUAGUGAUUUCAAAUGUGCUAGGUUGUGCAUUUGGUUUGUUUUGUCAUAUUAUGAAACAUUUAAAAGGGCACUAUGUAGGUUUGGAGAAGAAAUUCAAACUCUGAAUUUUUCAUAACUCAAUAAACAAGCGGUUCUCAGAGGAAAAAAGGUCCCCAGAACAGUGUUUAAAGCUAGAGAGGCAGUAGGGUCUCCAGAAUAACAAAGUGCACCUUUAAUAAAUCUUAUUACAUUUUGGUCACACAGUAUUAUUUAAAAUACACUCUAGUACAAUUUGCAUUGUAAAAUAAUGUAAUAAAUGUAAUUUGUCUGACUGAUCUUUAAACCUUGUGCCUCUUUUCUAACAUACAAAUUGCUAACACAACUCAUUAGGCUCUGAUUAGGAUAAUUUUACAACACUGCACAGGGGCACAUUGUAAUCAAAGACUUAACAAUAUAGGCCAUAUGCUUUACCAUUUGUUUACAGUUUGUUUGUUUAAUACCAGAUGUUCCCUUCCAGUGAUUACUGUACUUCUCUCAUCUUGACAUAUUUAUUUGAAAUAAAGGAAUUGUGAAAUUUA